AUGGAGCCAAGUGAUGGACAUAUCAAUGCCUUGGAGAAUGAAUGUCCAGCAACUGCAGUGCUUCCUGACCUUCAGAACGUGAUAAAUGAUGCCAAUGAGGACAAGAAAGUGAUGGAGACAGCGUCACAUCACAUUUCAAGCUCUAAAUUGCGUGCACCGAGCACAAUUUCAAAGAUUUCGACGUGUGAGAGACGAACAAGUGACCGUGCGUCUCUAGUGAGAACGUCUGGAGUAUGUACCUCACCAAUCACGAAGCAGAUGACGAAUCAACGAGGAAUGACAGCUGGGACAAUACCUCGUACAAUGGAGAAAAAGACUCAGCGUGGUGGAGUAGCUAAUGACGCUAGAGUACGAUCAGAGGAUGGUGUAUUGAAGCGACCAUCUAGUCUAGAGACCCGACGUGCAUACUCUAUGUCAAUGAAGACACGUAUGAUUGAUGAAAACAGUGGUCUGAAGCGAACAAAUAGCAACAGUAGCAUUAGCAGUAUGGCUAGCAGUGUGACAAGUGUAUCGUCCAUGUCAAGCUCAAGAAAUAAACCGCCAACUAGUGCGGCGUCCGAGAGGAGGAAGACGCUGCAUGAGUUGGUAGCGAGCAAUAAAGAGAACCGACGUAGUAGUUUUGGCUCGCAGUCGUCGUCUUCAUCGAUGUCGUCGUUAGCGAUGUCAGAGUCGUUCCGAUCUGCACCGUCGUCAAGGAUGAGUACAAAAAGCACAUGCAACACUUUUGGAAUCGCGUCACCAGCACGUAACAAGGCGACGUCGGCUAUGCAAAAAAUCUGGCCGGCAACAGCUUCAUCUUUGACGAUGCUUCCAAAAGAGUUUGUAUUGAAUGAAGAGUUAGUGAUGGCUUUAAAAGAGGACCAUGAGCUGACAGAGAAAGGCGUGCACGAACUGCUAACGUACUUGUCUUCAGUUUCAACGAAUUCAACACUGACCACGUCAAGUAUGAAGGCUCGGCAAGAAGAGAUAAAGCUGUUGAAGGCAGGGAUGCGUCGACUAAGCGCACAUAGUGACGGUCUCAUGAAGUGCUGCGAGGCUUUUGAGACAAGGGUCUUGGAACAGAACGCGUAUGUAGACGCGUCCGCUGCAGAGAUCGAACGGCUGACUCAAUUGCUUAACUCAGAGCUACUCGCUCGACAUACAAAAGGAUCACUUCCGGAGCUAGAGCUAGACGAUUGUCAUGGAGAUGGACCAUCGUCCAAGUCAUCUCAUCCAACGUCAGACUCAGAGACUGCUUCUACUACUUCUUCACAAAACAUUUUUCCACGAUUGCCAAGUAAAGAAGCUGAUCGACAGCGUCAAGAACUUCAGCAAGCGAUGCAGGAAGACUCGCCACUGUCGGCUUAUGUGCGUACUAUCUUGAAGAAGGCUACAGAUAAGAUUGAAGAGAAGUGGAGAAUGCGUUUUGCCGAGCAGCUCAUGGAACACGAACAGGCAUUGUCUCAGGAACGCGAGCGAUCAUCGGCGUCAGUCCUUUCCAGUUCACGCUUGGUUACGGAGACUUUGCAUGGGAAGGACGACGAGUUGAAGGCAGUUGAAGAGUUGAACAUAAGCCUAAACCAGAAAGUUCGGCAGUUGGAGUUGGAUUUAGACGCUGCUUGCUCGGAACGGGAUUUUUUCAAGCAGCAAAUGGAUGAUGACGACGACGAACGAUCAGUCAGUGCCCAUAGCUUUUGGGAGAAAACCACCGAUCUGGCUAAGCAGAAUCGCAAUUUGACGGAGGAAUUGUCCCAGGCAAACAAAAAAGUUGCACACCUAAGCGAGUCAAUUGCAAUCAUGCAAACGAAGGCCUCAAGCCUGAAAACUGAAAAUGGUGAUUGUGUUCGUGCGUCAAAGUCUAUGGUAGCGGAGAAGAACUUAUUACAAGACAAGUUAGCUGCUAUGGAGGCGAAGUUUGAAGACGAAAAGAAUCGCCGGGAGCAAUUUCAGGUAAAUGUGGAGCAGCUGACCGUGGAGAACACAGCUCUGUAUGCCCAAAUGGUGGCUCUUCAAACGACCCAUGAAGCGAAGAUGGAGGAAAUGCAGGCUCGUUAUGAGAAGCGAAACGUAUCUCUCGCAGGCGAAAUGAAACUUUUGCAGGAUCAGAAUCGGCUGAUGCGCAGAACUGAGCCUAGUACUCAAAAACCGUUGUAUGGCUCCAGCAAUGUCGUCGAUGGUUCAAAUAAUGACAGUCUUAAGCCUCAAAAUGAUGACGGAGAGUCAACUCGACGUAUCCAGGAGCUCACGGACUAUUUGCUCGAGGCGCGACAGAAGCUGACAGAAAAGUCCGAUAUGAUUGCUGAGCUUGAGACGAAAAUCGCUGAGGGUGAGAUCAUGCGCCGCAAAUUGCAUAACACUAUCCAAGAGCUGCGGGGUAAUAUUCGCGUACAUGUCAGACUUCGUCCGUUCCUGCGCUCGGAUGGUGGAGAAGCGUUGGCUAAGAAUCCGCAGUCUGCCAUUAUAUGCGACACCUUUGCGUCUACGAUUACGACAAACGUUGGUAAUCCACACACGUUUGCGUUUGACAAGAUCUACGGUCAGUCGGACUCACAGGAAUCUUUGUUCAAGGAUGUAUCGGAUUUUAUUCAGUCGGCCAUGGACGGCUACAACGUGUGUAUUUUUGCUUAUGGCCAAACGGGGUCUGGAAAGACUCACACUAUGCAAGGAAGUGGGAAGGCGCAGAUGCGCGGUAUCAUCCCGCGCUCGAUUGAUUUGAUUAUCAAUUGCUGUGAAGAGCUGACGUCAAUGGGUUGGAACUUUUCACUGAAGGUGACGUUCUACGAAAUCUAUAAUGAAACAAUUUGUGAUUUGCUCACCAUGGAGAAUAGCAAAGAAACGAAGCACAACAUCCGGACUGAUAAUCGGGGAAGGAAUUACGUGGAAGGAUUGACCGAGGUCUUUAUCGAUUUUGACCAGGCAGGAGAGCAGAUAGAUGAAAUCGUCAAUUUGGCAGCAUGCAACCGUUCUGUUGACCGUACUGACAUGAACGCGCACUCAUCACGUAGCCACAGUAUUUUCGUGCUGACGAUACAAGGAUACAAUGAAGCACAAAAGACGGAGGUUGAAGGAAGCUUGAGCUUGGUUGAUCUCGCCGGUAGUGAGCGAUUGAGCCGAUCGAAUGCCACAGGUAAUCGUUUGAAAGAGGCACAAGCGAUCAACAAGAGCCUGAGUGCUCUGGCUGAUGUAUUCCAGGCUUUAGCGAAGAAGUCUCCUCACGUCCCGUAUCGCAACAGCAAGCUCACGUACGCAUUGCAGCCUGCGCUCUCGGGUGACGGCAAGACGCUAAUGAUGGCUAACUUGUCGCCUACGUAUGCAUCCCUGGACGAGUCUUUGUGUAGUAUGCGCUUUGCACAAAAGGUGAGUCAGUGUGAGCUUGGUGCCCCUGUGCGCCAGAUUAAAUCGACGAGGCGUCAAUCGCUGGGACCUGGGGAUCUCAAUCGUGGUAGCAUCAGAAGUUCACCUCCUUGUGAUUCACGACGAAGUACGUUAACACCGAGUACAUUGAAGAGGUUGCUCUAG